AUGCAAGAUACAGAAUAUUUUGACGACUUAGCAGAAACUUUGACAUCUGACUUUUACAACCACUUGUUCUCAUAUUUCAUGACAUUAGAUAUUUCAAAGUUCAAUCCAAGACAAAUUCCACAUACCGAAGAGAGACAAACAUUGUUAGAAGCAAACAAGAGUGUAUAUGAACUGUUCAUAGAUGAAACUGACUUUGAGUGUUUAGAUGAAAGGUCAUUGUACGAUUCGUAUAAACAAUAUUGUCAAGAAUAUGGUUAUAUGACAGCGUCUAAACGAACAUUCUUGGCAAAUGUCAAAAGUCUUUUAGACGUACAGAAUGGUGUAUAUACAAAGAAAAAUUUUUAUGAGUAA